UCCAUAACAGCUCGGAUGCAGAGCGGUUUCUGUGGUGUCUUCAUCUUUAUAGUCACUGUAAUCGUUCCUUUUCAGAACGAAAGCGCCCUCAGUACAGAGCACAACCAGAGAAAUAACUGAUACCGAAGAAAGGGGAGCAUAACACUACGGGUACUCCUAGAGAAACACACACACACACACACACUCAACAAGCAGGUGACAUAAGCCUGAAUCAAGAAUUUAAAAAUAAAGAUUCCGAGUUGUUGAAGGAUAGCUGGUGAAAAGCAGAUGGGAAAAGAAGUAACAACACUUUUUUAACUGUUGUGCUAUAUGGACUCUGCUGAUUAUCUUAUCAAGUUUUGAGUUAAUUAAAAAAAAAAAAAAAAAUGACCAAGUGACGGAUACAUUGUUUUCUAAGUGGACAUAUUAAGUGUAAGUACAAGAAGGACAAGUUUUGAACUGGUGUGGUGGGGACACCUGCUUUAAGCCGUAACAACUGAAGGGAUGUCAGCCUUAAGGAGAAAAUUUGGUGAAGACUACCAAGUUGUAAACACCUCCAGAGAGACGACUUACACCCCACCUGCCAAGAAGAAGCGGCAGAGGUUUGUAGAUAAAAACGGCCGCUGUAACGUCCAGCACGGGAAUCUCGGGGGAGAAACCAGUAGGUACCUGUCUGAUCUCUUCACCACCUUAGUGGACCUCAAAUGGAGAUGGAACCUCCUCAUAUUCAUCCUCACCUACACUAUUGCAUGGCUGGUGAUGGCUUCCAUGUGGUGGGUUAUCGCCUACAUCAGAGGAGACCUAUACCGGGCUCACGAUGCUAGCUAUACCCCGUGUGUAGCCAACGUUUACAACUUCCCCUCCGCGUUCCUCUUCUUUAUCGAGACUGAAGCUACCAUAGGCUACGGCUACAGAUAUAUUACAGAGAAAUGCCCCGAAGGCAUCAUUCUCUUUCUGUUCCAGUCUCUACUCGGCUCCAUUGUGGAUGCGUUUCUCAUAGGCUGCAUGUUUAUCAAAAUGUCCCAGCCUAAGAAGCGAGCAGAGACGCUGAUGUUCAGCCACAAUGCUGUAAUCUCCCAGCGGGAUGGUAAACUCUGCCUGAUGUUCAGGGUUGGCAAUCUGAGAAACAGUCAUAUGGUUUCGGCACAGAUCAGAUGCAAACUUAUAAAGUCAAGACAAACUCCCGAAGGUGAAUUCCUGCCUCUGGAUCAAUGUGAGCUCGACGUCGGCUUUGGGACUGGGGCGGACCAACUGUUCCUUGUCUCCCCCUUAACAAUCUGCCACGAAAUAAAUCCCAAGAGCCCCUUCUUUGAUCUCUCACAGAGAUCUCUGGCGAGCGAGCAGUUUGAGAUUGUCGUUAUCCUGGAAGGCAUUGUCGAGACCACGGGAAUGACGUGUCAAGCCAGGACUUCGUACACAGAAGAUGAAGUCCUCUGGGGUCACCGAUUCCUACCGGUCAUGUCGCUGGAGGAGGGAUUUUUUCGAGUGGACUACUCCCAAUUUCACAUCACCUUUGAGGUCCCCAGUCCUCCCUACAGUGUCAAGGAACAAGAAGAGAAGAUGGCCCUCCCUUCACCGUUGACCACCCCUUCCCUUGGAAACUGCAAGAACCGGAGGGAUCGGGUGUUCUCUGUAGACUGCAUUGACACCAUCGAGGAGCAGGCCAACAAGCUUCCCAGCAAGCUUCAGCGAAUGAGUUCAGGGAAGGAGGAUCUUCAGAAAAAGGUCCUUAGGAUGAGCCCCCACAACUCUGAGAAGGCCUGCAGCACAGGAGACCUUCCUCUGAAACUGCAGAGGAUAAGCUCUGUUCCGAAUCACAGAGAUGUGGAGGAAAGACUCCAUCUUAAGGCGCUCCAAGGUAAUUCAGAGCCCAUGACUCAGUCAACUGGAGACCUGCAGCAGAAAAUCCAGAUCAUUCAAAGCGUAGGGUCAAGACCAGAAGAUAACUUGCCCCCCAAGCUUCGGAAAAUGAAUUCAGAUCGUCUGACCUAAGCAAGGGCACAGUAUUAAUAAUUGAUAGACUGCAUACUAGACUUGCAGCCUUACAGCUGUAGAAAUAACUUCAGGAAACUGUGAUUUAUCUAUGUAGUUGCUUAGCGAAAUUCAAGGACCAAGGUGGUAGGGGUUGGGGUAUGAGACACGGGGGAGCCUGUGUAAAACUCUUACAGCACUGUUGAACAGUUUCUCCAUUUACUCCUUAAUGUGCAUGCUGGAGACAUAGACGUGUUCAUUUAUGGGGAAACCUUUAGGCAAACGCACCUAAUUAGCACCCAAUUGAAGGGACCUUGCAGUAGAGUUUUUUUAAUGGCUUUUCAUUUUGUGUAACUUAUUUAGAAAUAAAGGCAGGCCUGCUGAGGCUUUCAGUUCUGUUUAGUUCAAGGCGAGAUUAACUCACUUUGGUGGCUGUUGUGCAGCCUAAAAAGAACACUCCAAAAAAUGGGUACCGAAAACAAAAAGUCUUGAGUUUUACAACAUGUUUUUCAAAGCAUGACAGUGGCAUUGCACAUCAUAGACAGUAAUUGUGUACAUCUUUUGUAAACCUAUUUGUGGUAGAUAUUUUGUGCUUGAUUUAUACACCUUAUUCUGCAACCUUUUACCAACUCUGUUCAUCAAAGGUCAAUGUUGCAUAUUAACAAAUAGGGGCUUCGCUAGUAUUAUUUUUAUUUUUUAAAAUGUAUUAAAUGUUAGAAAAAAGUGCCAUAUUUGACAGCUCCAGGUGAUGACAAGAAACAAAUACAAUAAUCAUUUAAACCAAUUUUGGGUUAACAACUAGAGUAAACACCUUAUCAAGCAAUACCUGCUAGAUAAUCAACCUAGUAUCUUGACUUUGGUUAUACUGUCACAGUGGCCAAAUAUCUUACAAGAUACGCCGCCUUCUGACACUAGGCUUAAAAAGCAGUUAAAGAAGCAAAAUUCACUUCCAGUUGCAAGUCCUAGACAAUCCUUAAGUCCAAGUUUUUCAAGUCCAUUCUCAAGAUAUUACUAAGAAAAUUAAAUGGUUAAAUCAUAACCUGGAGACCCAUUCCUAAAUGAAAAAAAAAACAAUUUUCUUCUGGUUGAGAAACUUCGACUUAUGACAAAUGCUGUUUGAUAUUUAUCACCCUCGACAGUGUUAUUAUCUGAGCACAGAUGAGUUUGUAAAAAGGGUCAACUAAUCACAUAUUCAAUAUUGAUGGAAGUAUUGACAGAAAAAAAUCAACCAGCAGCAUGCCCUUUUAGUUACUCAGUAGUCUGUGCAAGCAAGACUGCUUAUAUUAGUAUUAAAAAGAGUACAUCUCUUGGAAGUAAUGCCUGCAAUUAUAAUUAACUGUAUUUGGUCAACUUUGGAGCAAUGUUGAGUCUCUAAUGCUGUGAUCACUAUUAAUGCAUGGUUUGGUUUUACAUUUGACACUGUUUUAUUAUUGGACAAUUAUGAGUGAGUAUUGUAGAAACAUUGCCUGCUGUGUAGCUGUUGGUUGCAAUUGACUUAUGUGACCCACAAUUGUAUUCUUAUAAAAGGCACAAGAACAGAUGUUAUAUCUUCUAAACCUACAGGCAAUCCUUAGAAAAAGCUCAGGUCCAUCAUCAAGUGAAAAGGUUUGAGACCACACUGUAUGGAUGCCCUGCCAUUUGUGACCACUGUAUUAAACUUCUAAAACACUU